ACAGGGAGAGACAACAUCGCAGCAUCAGAAGAAUCCGGUAAAUCCGAGGGAGGAGAGAGAGAGAGAGAGAUGGCAGGAGCAAUGGAGGAAGACAACGGUGGCGGUGAGUUCUACCUCCGGUACUACGUAGGGCACAAGGGGAAGUUCGGUCACGAGUUCCUGGAGUUCGAGUUCCGUCCAGACGGAAAGCUCCGAUACGCCAACAACUCCAACUACAAGAACGACACCAUGAUCCGCAAGGAGGUCUUCCUCACCCCCGCCGCCAUCCGCGAGUGCCGCCGCAUCGUCUCCGACAGCGAGAUAAUGAAGGAAGAUGAUAACAACUGGCCAGAACCAGAUCGUGUCGGGAGACAAGAGCUGGAGAUUGUUAUGGGGAAUGAACACAUAUCAUUUACGACAUCGAAGAUUGGGUCACUCGUUGAUGUCCAAUCCAGUAAAGAUCCAGAAGGCCUCCGCAUCUUCUACUAUCUUGUUCAGGUCAUGAAAAUAUUUCCUUCAACUCUUACAGCUAAUCUCUCUCUCUCUCUCUCACACACACACACACACACACGCACGCACGCACACGUGUAAAGUCUUUCUACGUCUUCCCUGUAUAAAGGGAGAGUGCCUUAAACAGUACUUUGGGCCUGUAAUUAAACAGUGUAUUCGCUCUGAAAUUAAACAGUAUAUCCACUCAAGUAUGAGUUACAACUUGACAAUAGCCUAAUUCAUUUACCAUUCUACCCUUAAGAAACCUUUUUUGCUUUGGACAUAACAAGUAAAUACAUUAUGCCCUGUGGAUACUCUCGAAAACAAGGAAGAGAGCUCUUUUUUUUCUUCUAGCACUUCUUCUUUGAAUCAAUUCAAUAGGUACACUCCUUUCCACUCCAUCAUUCUAUGGAAACUUAGGGCUUCGAAAACAGAAUUUUGCAGUGAGUUUUUUUAUCCUCUUCCAAAUUGUUCAAUCUUUUCUAUUCAGGUGAUUCCAAAAUUGGUGAUGGGGCUCUGAAUUGUUCUUUUCCAUAUUCUUUUCCUCUAAUUCUGUGUCUCUACCAAAAAUUAGGAAUCUUACAUUUUUUUAUCUGAAGUGAAAAUGAAAUUUGAGCCUUCUACUCUUAUGAACGAGGUUGUUUAAUCCUGUUUCAGUUUUUUGGGGGAUUAAGUUUCAGGCAUGCCUUGUGACAAUUUCUAGACCUCAAUACACUGUGAACUAUCAUUUUGAUUGGUAGAGAGACCAAUGAUUUCAACGACUCACUUUAGACCUAGAUAACUUGGAUGAAUUGUUAUUAUAAACUCUUUGCUUUUUUCAGAGAUAUUUCUUGAACUUUAACAGAUUGUUCGUUUCAUUUUCAGUAGAAUGAAGUGGUUGGGAUCUUUUAUAUUGUUUGAUGGAUUGCACUUUCUUUGAUGGAUAAACCAUGUCCUAAAGUGCUUCAGUCCCCAUUUUGAAAAUAAGAUUCCAUGAUCAACAAAUAAAUCUCUAAAGAUGUCCAAAUUUGGUACUUAUAAAGAAGUUAAUUGCAGAUAAUUAUGGCAUGAAACAACUAAAUAAAGCUUUAAAAUUGUUUUCCUGCCGCUCUCCUAGUGGUUGGGAUCUUUUCUCCGGUUGUUGCUUGGAGAAAAGAUAUUUGCUUUGUCUGCGGCAGUUUUCCCAUGUUGAGUUGCCUUGGCUGAAAUGCACAAUACUUUAAGCGAUAAAAUGGUCUUCUCAAGCCAGUUUAGCUUGAUUGUUGGUUGAAGACUUGGAGUAAUUUGAUGCCAUUUGAUUACUCUAGUUAUUCCUGUGUGAUGGGAAAACUCUGUAUAUAUAACAAGGGUUAUCUAGAAAGGGAACAUGUGUACGCAUAUUGCUCUGAAUGGCCGGGAUUCCCUGGAAUCGUACUUUUUUUACCUUCUCAUCCGUCUAGAUAUAUUUCUAUAAUUCUUUUACAGGCCUACUAGUUGACCCCUUGCCUGUUGUCAUCAUGCACAGAUGGUUUAAAAGAGUCUACUUAGAGCAUCAACAGUGAAAUAAGCAAAUGUGAAUAAUCAAAACAUGCCACAUCAGAUUUUGAUUAUCCAUUUAGAGGUUGCUAAAGUUAGCAAUGUCAAAUCCUACAUUGGUUACUUUUUGCCCAUAAUCAAAAUCAAUGGGCCCUCUAAACUUUUUUCCUUCAUUUCACGCAUAUUUUUUGAAAAAGCGGUUUUUGAAGGAAAAAAAACAGUUUAUGUUAAAAACAGUUUAAAAAAAAAAAGUUUUUCGAAACAAAAAACUUUUUUUCAAAAAACACAUUUUGUUCACUUAAAAACUGUAAAUACAAUUUUGAGAAAUUUUGAAAAAAUUAUAUUUACACAAAUAGUUUUGAAAUUUUAAAAUAGAUUUUGUGUAAAAAACAGUUUUCUAUGAAAGAGUUUUGAAAUUUGAAAAACACACUUUAUUUACUUAUAGUUUUUAAAAUUUUUUGAAAAAAUUAUUUUUUGUAAAAAAAAAGUUUCUGAAAAAAACAGAAAA